CAGGCAGGCAGGCAGGCAAAGCAGCUGCAGAGAGACCAGGGAACGCUGACAACAACUGAGAGGCUCAUGUUAGGAAAGUCAGAAACGCAACAUUUGCCUGUUUUGUGAUCAGAUACCCAUAGAUUAUCACUCGUAACCUUCUCCCCGAUAACAUUUUCUUCAUUUUGACGCAUGCGUGGGAAUAUAUUUUUCAUUCUCUCGACCUGAAAUGACUGCUAGUCGCCUCGUCUAGCCAAUGGUUACUGCGGGGGCUCCUGUCUUGUGGAUUAUCCGUCGUCGCCGAGCCAGUCGCAUGGUCGAGCCCGGAGGAGGCCCCGCUCUGCUGGAUGGAUGUGUGUGAGGCAGCGCCGGACUCCCAGUACUGAUGAAGACGGUGAUAAUGAUGAUGCUCGGGUUUCAUCGGCAGCGGGUGAACUGAUCUUGGAUGUUCGGGCUAUAUCGCCCCUACACAAAACAUUUCCUCACACGGCAAAAAAUAUAUUCCUUAAAAACUGGACGCCGCUGGAGCAGUUUAUGACGAAUAACCCCCUGGAUGUUAUGAUUAUACCUAAAGAGAGGACUCCUCUCCACUGCAGCCCCACCCCCACCUUUACACUCCUCAGACCCUGGUAGGAGCGUGAUGAGCGCGCGCUUCCACUUGCCUGCUGGCAGAUCCUACAAUGUCCGGGCGACGGAGCUGGAGCGAGACAGGCAGCACACACAGGUUGUGUGCAACGUACUGCUGCUGGACAACACAGUCCAGGCCUUCAAAGUCAGCAAGUCGGAUCAUGGCCAGGUGUUGCUGGAUGCUGUCUUUAAGCACCUGGAGCUGACUGAAAGAGACUACUUUGGCCUGCACUUGGCUGAUGACUCCUUAGAUGCACCGCGCUGGCUCGAUCCCAACAAGCCCAUCAGGAAACAGUUAAAAAGAGGGUCUCCCCAUAACUUGAGCUUCAGAGUCAAAUUUUUUGUGACAGACCCCAGCAAACUUCAGGAAGAAUACACACGGUACCAAUAUUAUCUUCAAAUCAAGCAGGAUAUAGUAACUGGAAGAUUGCCCUGUCCACACAACACAGCUGCACUGCUGGCGUCCUAUUCUGUUCAAUCCGAGCUGGGGGACUACAGUGAAACGGAGCAUACAGCAGGUUAUCUGUCGGAGUACUGCUUCUUGCCCAACCCCCCUCAAGACUUCCACAAAGAGGUCGCCAAACAUCACCAGCAGCACAGUGGUCUAUCUCCUGCCCAGUCAGAGUUUAAUUAUCUGAACACAGCACGCACGCUGGAGCUCUACGGGGUAGAGCUGCACUAUGCAAGGGACCAGAGCAACACAGAGAUUCUUAUCGGGGUGAUGUCUGCCGGCAUUGUGAUUUACAAGAACAGAGUACGGAUCAACUACUUCCCAUGGUUGAAAAUAGUGAAAAUCUCCUUCAAGUGCAAACAGUUCUUCGUCCAGCUAAGAAGAGAGGUGACUGAGACGCGGGAAACGCUGCUGGGUUUCAACAUGGUGAACUAUCGGGCCUGUAAAAACCUGUGGAAGGCCUGCGUGGAGCACCACACCUUCUUCAGACUGGAUCGGCCCAUCCCACCACAGAAGAACUUUUUCGCUCACUACUUCACUCUGGGCUCGAAGUUCAGAUACUGCGGGCGGACAGAGGUGCAGUCUGUGCAGUAUGGAAAGGAGAAAGGCAUCAAGGACAGAGUGUUUGCCAGAUCUCCCAGCAAGCCAUUGGCCAGGAAGUUGGUUGGCGGAACUGACUGGGAGUCGGUCAGCAGGAACAGCCUAUCAGAUGAGAGACUGGAGACCCAGAGCUUGCCCACUCGCUCGCCGCCUGGGACGCCCAAUCAGAACUCACUGUUUGUACAAGAGGGCACGCGACUACGCCCGUCGUCAGUUGGCCACCUGGUCGAUCAUGUGAUCCACGCUUCACCCAGCCUACCUGUCUUCUCCUCCUCCAAUCACAAAUCAGCAUCGUCAACGCAGGCCAACAGCAUCAGCUUGGACUCCACACCGUCUCCGGAGGGUCUAGACGGCCAGCCUCCAGCUCUGCCCCCCAAGCAGCUGAGCAGGAAGACCUUGAGCCAGAUCAUCCAGGCCCACUCCCAGCAGAGCCUCCUGGACAACCACCUUAACGAGAUGUACGAUGUUCCUGUCAAUGCUGAUAAAACCACGCUAAAUGGAGUUGUCCCUCAUGAUAAUCUGGUCCUGAUCAAGAUGAGACCUGACGAACACGGACGAUUUGGCUUCAAUGUCAAGGGUGGGGCUGACCAGAAGAUGCCCAUCAUUGUGUCUCGAGUGGCUCCGGGAACAUCGGCUGACCUGUGUGUGCCUCGCCUUAACGAGGGCGACCAGGUGGUCUUAAUUAAUGGGCGGGACAUCUCUGACCACACCCAUGACCAGGUGGUCAUGUUCAUCAAAGCCAGCUGUGAGAGCCAUUCUGGAGAGCUGAUCCUAUUGGUCAGACCGAACGCCAUCUAUGACGUGGUGGAAGAGAAGGUGGACUCGGAGCCAGAUUUUCAGUACAUCCCUGAGAAGUCCCCUCAGGACCCCGCCCAGCUAGACCAGCAUGCUUUGAGGGACUCCAUGGUCACACUGAAGGAAGGCCUGAUUGGUGGAGCCAUACUGGCACAGUUUGAUCAACUGUACAGAAAGAGGCCGGGGAUGACCAUGCUGUGUGCCAAAUUACCUCAGAACGUUUCCAAAAAUCGCUACAGAGACAUCUCUCCUUACGAUGCCACACGGGUCAUUCUGAAAAGCACAGAUGACUACAUCAAUGCAAAUUACAUCAAUAUGGAGAUUCCAGCCUCGAGUCUGAUAAACCGUUACAUAGCAUGCCAGGGCCCCCUGCCCAACACCUGCCCCGACUUCUGGCAAAUGACAUGGGAGCAGGGCUCAUCUAUGGUGGUCAUGCUGACUACGCAGGUCGAGAGGGGGCGGGUGAAGUGUCACCAGUACUGGCCCAAUCCAGACAGCAGCGCCACCUAUGGAGACUUCACAGUAACGUGCCACAAUGAAGAGGGCAACUCUGCCUUCCUGGUCCGGGAGAUGACUCUCGUGCACACGCAGAGUGAGCAGCAGAGAGAGCUCACCCAGAUUCAGUACCUGGCCUGGCCAGACCACGGCGUUCCUGAUGACUCCACUGACUUCCUGGACUUUGUAGCUCUGGUACGGACCAAACGGGCAGGACAGGACCAGCCGAUGGUGGUGCACUGCAGCGCGGGGAUUGGUCGGACAGGGGUUCUUAUCACCAUGGAGACAGCAUUGUGUCUAAUGGAGUGCGGUCAGCCAGUGUAUCCUCUAGAUAUCGUCAGGACCAUGAGAGACCAGAGAGCCAUGAUGAUACAAACACCUAGCCAGUACCGCUUUGUGUGCGAGGCCAUCCUGAAAGUCUACGAGGAGGGCCUGGUCAAACCAUUCAAGACUGCUAUCUACCAGCUGAGAGAAAAGGUGGAUGAGGGGAGGGACGAGGAGAAGAAAGAGCAGCAGAAAGCAGGGGAAGGAGCAAAGAUGGCAGCAACGGAAGAUGGGGAGGCGGCUGUGGUGGAGUUGCUGGAAGGAGGUCUGGAUGAAGAGGAUGAAGACGACGAAGAGGUGGAGGUGCUGGAUGUGGGGGAAGUUACAGAAGAGGGAGACGAGGAGGACGAAGAGGAGGAGGAAGUGGAGGAGCUGAGCGUUGCGAGUGUUGCGAGUGUCGCUAGCGCCGCGAGCGCAACCAGCGCUGCCAGCGCCGCGACUGCUGCAAGUGCUGCAAGCGCCACCAGCGUGACCAGUGAGACCAGCGUGAACCCUGACCCUGAUCCCGAUCCUGCUAACCCGUGACUUUUGACCUUUGGCAGUCAUCGGGGGUUACCAGGAGGAGGCCAGGCGGCCGGAGGAGAGAACAAAAGCACUGUUGCACUUUAUGCUGACAAAAAUGGAAAAAAAGACACAAACGAACAAACGUGAAAGUCAUGGACAAGCUAGAAUAAAAAAAAGAAACCCAGCUGUGUUGAAUAGGUACCAUUAGGGGAUAUUGUACGUUCAGGGUAAAGAAAAAAGUCUACAAAGAAUGAAAAGAUAAAAGUACGAGAGAAUAAAAUGUGGAUGGGGAAUUGCUGUAGUGCCAUAAGUACGAAGGGGAAGGGCUGUCCCCAUGGAGGGAAAGUUUUUUUUUUUCCGUAAUGGGUCACCCUGUCCUCUUCUGAGCGAGUCUGCCAGACGGACCUGCCUUUUUUUAGUGUCCUUUUAGCUGAUAAAGAGAUAUACCUUAUCUUUUGUUCCUCAGAAAGAGUAUUUAUUGUGUUUUAGUUUGUGUCAAACCCUGUCCACUGAACAAAAAAAACUUGUAUGUUUGUUUGUAUGAAUCUAGAGCUUCAUGCUUUCCUGAUUAAAUCUUAGGUAGUAAAGUAGUGCGAUUCCUCUUCUUCUAA